AUUAUAGCCCCAUCCAGUCAACAAACAUGGUACGUUUAUCAAAUGAAAGCCUCUCCGCGAUGCAUGUGUAUUUAACACUUAUUUUGUUGAGAACACAUUUGAAAAGGGUAAACUGAAGUAUCGCUGAAAACUAAAUAUCAGAUAUAUGUAGGAUAUAUUGACGGGUUGAGGAACUGCUGCACAGCGAUUUGAAGUCGUUAUACCACAAACAUUGGGUUACCAACUUCCAGUACGCAUGCAUGUUGGGGAUAACUGUUCACCUUCGAUCUCAAACAGAGUCAAGGAGAUGACUUUUCCGUACAGCCGCCGGUGCUUCCCAUACUGUGGGCCCUUCCGUUUCCGGGAGAUCGUCUUUGCGGUCAGCGCGUUCUUCUUUCUCGGUUACGUCAUCGGUGCUUUACUUAAACAAGAUCCGCUGGGGAAUCGUUCGCUGCUUCAAGAGAAAAUAUACGGACGCAAUGUGGAAAGGACCAGCGAACUCGCAGAUGAUCACGUAGGAAAGGAAGUAAAGCAAAAAGAGGGAUACAUAUCAUCCUUGAAUAAAACAUGGUUAACGUGGGACAAGAUUGACAGUCCGGGUGUCUACCGCGCAUGCGUGAAGAGACCGGAACCGGAAGCAAUGAGAUGGGAAAUUACGGGGGAGCUUGUCCUACAAGAGAUUGCAGACAAGUUGAAGAUUGAGGCGUGCCUUGAAACUUGCAUUCAGUUGGUGUUUACCUACGCAGCGCUGAGCCGUGGCCACGAAUGCUACUGCACGGAUGUUUCCUCGAAAUCACAGUUCUUGUCUUAUGUAGAUAGCGCCCUCUGCGACGUGCCAUGUACAGGGGACCAGUACCACAACUGUGGCGGGAACAAAUUUAUGUCCGUUUACAGAACAUCUGUUCCAGAUGCAAGAUGUACCUCCAUCAAGUUGGGCACACCCGGUACGCUACCGCUCAUUGCAUUAGCUUCGUACCCCCGGUCCGGCAAUACCUGGACGCGUCAACUCAUCGAGAAAGCUACUGGUAUAUACACCGGCAGUGUUUACUGGACGACCGAGCGUCUUAUGGAAAUUUCCAAGAAAGUUUUUCCUGGAGGAAACGUCGAUUACAAGGGAAAGAGCACCAUCUGCGUCAAGACUCAUAUGUCUGAGUUUGGUCACGUGGGCCAGUUUGAGGGCGCCAUCAUGCUCAUUCGGAAUCCUUACCGAGCGAUCGUUGCCGAAGUCUUCCGGAGACAACUCUUCGUCUCAAACAACUCGCCCGAGGAAGCAAUCAAAUUUUUCAAAUCCAAAGAUUGGGACGUCUUCGUAAACACUGCAAUUGCCAAUUGGAAACUCAUGAAUAUUCGUUGGAUACAGAUGCAAAGACGAUUACUCCCGGUUGCAUACGAAGAACUCGAAGCCGAGACCGUCCGGAAAUUGACGGAUAUCGUCGUCUUUCUCAAUCGAACAGUGGAACUCGAACGAAUCGUCUGCGCAACUCAAGAUCAUCCGUCCUCCCUAGCAACUGGCACCUCCCUUGGCAACCACGGGAGAAAGACGCGCGUUUAUCUCACCGACGACCCGUUUACCGCCGAAAUGCAUCUAAAAAUCGACAAAAGUAUCCAACUUGUCAACUACACACUUUUUAAAAUCCAUGGGGAAGUUUUACCGGCUGAAUACCUGAAGAAAAUCGAUGUUUUCUAAAGAUAACGGACUAUGAUGUCUUUUGUAUGUUAAUCAAUAUUGAAAUGAAAGUGAUUUAUUAAAUUGAUAUUUAUUCAAUAAGGUGCGAAAUAGAAAUACACUGUAAAUACUUUGAAGGAGAAUUUUUUAGAACUGAAAUGUAGAACUAAAUUUAUUACAACUCAUCAUGUAUUAAGGAGUGUCAAUGAUCAUCUCGUGUAAUUUUAACGUUUCUCUUGUAAACUUUACGAAUAAAUCAAUUUGUUGUGAUCUACCUGAAAUUAAUGAUACAGUUUAUUAACGUUUGGUCUACACCCAUGACAUGUAACAUUU